GCACCCCACGUCCAGCGCCCACAUCCUGCCACUGUAGCCACCAUGCCCAAGAGAAAGGCUGACGGGGAAGCCAAAGGAGAUAAAGCCAAGGUGAAGGAUGAACCACAGAGAAUAUCUGCAAGGUUAUCAGCUAAACCUGCUCCUCCAAAGCCAGAGCCCAAGCCUAUAAAGGCCCCUGAAAAGAAGGGGGAGAUGGUACCCAAAGAGAAAAAGGGUAAGCCUGAUGCUGGAAAGGAUGGAAAUAACCCUGCAGAAAAUGGAGAUGCCAGAAGAGACCAGGCACAGAAAGCUGACGGUGCUGGAGAUGCCAAGUUAAGUGCGUGCAUUUUAGAUAACUGUGUACUUCUGGUGACUGUACAGUUUGAAAUGCUAUUUUUAAUCAAAUCAUCAAAUGAAGAUGUCGCUGGGUUUGAUAGUGGCUUUUUGAUUUUGGUAGUUCAUUGA